CCAAAGGCAUAGUCCAACCUCAUUUUGUUCUCUGUUUCAGCUCCACCAUGACUCAUCCCAUUCUGUUGCUUGGCCUUCUGAUAGUAGCAUUCUUUAGUAAAUUGCAGGGCUUUCAAGCUGAAAAUGCCUUCUCACAGUACUGGAAAGAGCAUAUUGGUCUUCCACACCCUCCACAUUGGUUAGCUGCAAAGGCUUCUCCAUUAAGUCUCCAUCAGACACUAGUGUUUAUGAAACUUAUGGAGAAAAAUGAAUUGGCAUCCCACUUGCAUUUGUUUUGUAAGCAGGCUAAUGUUGCUUGCUCUACAAAUGCACUGGUGAGGAAGACAAUGGACAACACAACCUUGCCACCAAUAGCCAAGUGGAAUCAUAUCAAAGAGAAAUAUGAUCGGCUUCCAAAUGAAACACCCUUAUCAGUUGCCAGUCAAGGAGGAUUGCCAUAUUUUCGAGAGUCAAUGGUGAGAGAAGGAAGUUCUAUUUCUGUUCCUGAUCUAAGGGACUCAAUGUCAUAUAAAUCAUUCUUGCCGCGAUCUUUGGUAUCAAAAAUCCCAUUUUCCUUUACUCGGAUCAAGGAAUUGAAGAAGCUUUUUGAUGUGGUGGAUGACUCAGACAUAGAUGAGUAUAUUCAAAACACCCUUGAGACAUGUGAGAAAAGUCCCAUUAGAGGAGAGCAAUGCAUCUGUGCAACUUCUGCUGAGGACCUCAUAGAUUUUAUUGUCGAGAAGUUAGGGCAUCAUUUUUAUGCAUGGAGUACUGAAAAUGUUGAAGGUUCUUAUAAGAAUGUCAUCAUUGGAGCUGUGAGACUCAUCCAUGGAAACCUCACUGAACCUCCAGCCUUGUGUCAUAGUAUGCCAUUCUUAUUUCAAGUCUAUUAUUGCCAUGUUUUUCAGAAAGUUAAAAUAUAUGCAGUUGAUAUACUUGCUGGGAAGAAAGUGAAUCAUGCGAUUAUGGCAUGCCACUAUGACACAUCAACUUGGGAUCCAAACAGUCUUGCUUUUAAGAUGUUGGGUUUUGGCCCAGGACUAAUUGAAGUUUGUCAUUGGAUGAAUGAGAAUGAAGUGGUCUGGACAAAGACUUUAGGUUGA